AUGGAUGUUGACGAGAAGACAAAGGUCGAGGAGAACGAGGAGGACUCGGACUCAAGCUCAGAUGAUGGUGCGCCACCACCUCCUCGGAUACCGCAAGCUAAUACCUUCGGCGACGACCCGUCAACGUUCCCCGACCCCACAGUUUACGAGAUUGUUGAAGUCAAGCCCGGCAUGACCCCAGACGAGCUUAGGGAGAUAUACUCCGUCGCGGUCUAUCCCAGAACAGAUCUGGCCGAUUUGAUCGCUGGAGAUCCCCCGGACAAGGACUUCAGCAACGCCAAACCCUCUAACCAGAUUUCAUUUUCCACCUUCUCAACAUAUAUCGAGCCAUACUUCCGACCGUUUGCCGAGGAGGACCUCGCCUUCCUCCGAGAGCGUGGCGACCGGGUCGGACCUUUCGUCAUGCCCAAACGCGGCAAGAAGCAUUACACCGACGUGUGGGCUGAGGAUGAUGGAGCCAUGGCCAUCGACUCAGCUCAGCCUGGUCGCGAGAAGCUCCCGCCUAACCAACCUCGUGGCAACAUCGAGAACCUGGAUGACGACCUUGCAGAGACGGAUAAGCUCAGCGUCGGGCCUCUGCUGUCACGCUUACUCCAGGCUAUGCGCCCAGAGUCGCGCGCCACGCCGCCGGAAGAGGGAGCCAAACCCCAGACCAAUGGAGUCAAUGGCGACACGCCCAUGAACGGAUCGAUGGACCUGUCGGUCAACGGCAUCGACUCCUUCGACGCGGCUACAACAACUUCUAACCCGGCAAACGCCGAGAACACUGUGCCGCCCGCGACCUUCAUGACCGAGUCCAGCACCGAGGCGUGGAAGAAGGCGACACACCCCAAGCUCGACUACACGCAGGUGGACGAGCGCAUCAAGCAGGAACUGCGCCACAUCGGCUUCCUGCCCCUCGUCGAGCCGGGCCAGCAGCCCCCUCCCGAGGCGGUGGCCGAGUACGACGGCGCGUACGACGACGAGGUGGCCGCGCGGCUGCGGCUGCUGCAGACGCGGCUGCGCGAGCAGAUGCUCAUCAACGGCGCGCGCAAGGCCCGCCUGACGGACCUGGUCAAGGACCGGAUGGCGCACCAGGAGUACCAGACCAUCCUCGAGGACCUGGACACGCAGGUGCAGGGCGCGUACCUCAAGCGCACGCGCACCAUGGGCAAGUCCAAGAAGAAGCAGCGGCCCGGCGCCACCGCGCACGGGGCGGGAGGCGCUGGCGGUGCGGGCGGCGCCGCGGGCAUGGCGCGCCCGGGCAUCGGCGACGUCACCAAGACGCUCAUGGAGCGCCGCCGCCGCUGGAUCGAUAACAUCGGCACCGUCUUCGACGACGAGAAUCUCGGGAGGGUCCCGCGCGUCACCGAUCCCGACAGCUCCAUCUUCAAGCCUGGCGAGAUGGGCGAGCUCCUUAAGAGGGAGAAGGAGGCUUGGGAUGAGGAGGUCGAGGAGGAGUAG